AUGAAGUUGCUUGCUAAUCCAUUUAACGGAAGCCUGAAGAGGCAAUGGAGAAGAAGGAAGAACUAUCACCGAAUAAACGGAUCGAGAAGGAAUGUAAAGAUUGUGAAGUUUGGAGGGCAGGGAGAGAAGAGGGCAUGGAAGAUCAGAGCAAUUCCAAAGUUGCGUCUCAAAUUUGCUUCCCCGCUGAAGCUCUGGACCAAGUUCAAGAACGCCUAUAUGAACAUGAUGCUUAGAUUGGCUGGCAACGUCGGGGCAAUGAACAGUGGAAAUGAUUUUGCCGGAAAGAGGAUCCCAGAGGCUCGCCCGGUUCCUGUAACUUAUAAAAAUAGUGAGUUCGAAAAUAGGCUUAUUUAUGAGAUAUACAAAUCUCUAGCGGUUUCCAUGGAGAUGGAUUCCAGGUAG